AUGUGGCAGGCCUAUCGCUUGCUAAUGAACACAAAUGACACACAGAGCCCAGGGAUACAUUUUAAAAAAUACAUAAAGCAGAAGGAACAAAGCAGAAUACGACAGCAAUCUUCGACACGCAAACGAUUAUUUGCUGCAAGAGAGAAAACCCAACCGGAUAAGCACUAUGGGGCUGAAGCUUGUGAUUCUAUUGAUAUUGACGAAGCACAAUUGAAAGUUUGCAAACGCCGUAUCACCACCCCAUGUCACAAUCAUGUAAAGGAUAUUCUGUAUAAAAUGAAUAUUUGCACAAAAGACAUGUUAUAUGAGCAGCAAUAUGAAAAUGUAGCAAAAAGUAUGUUCAUGCAACAAUAUAAUAAAAUUGUCAGGCCUUCAGGCCUUUUUAUUGAUGAAGAAUCUGAAUUUCUAGCUGGCAGUCCAGAUGGUAUAAUUGUAAAUGAGAGAGCUGUUGUUGAAAUCAAGUGCUUUCCAUCAUUGGCCAGGACAAAUCAAAAGCCUAGAGGCAGCUGCACUAGAAAAGAAGAACUUGGCUAUAAAAUUAUGUCAUUAAUAUAG